AUGGCGCGGGCAGUGGGCGCGCGGGGCCGGGCGGCACCGUGCGGGCGCUGGUGGCGGGGCGCGCUCCUCGCCUUCGCCGCGUGGACCGCGGGCUGGGUGCUGGCCGCAGCUCUGCUGCUCCGCGUGCACCCGAGCGUCCUCUCCGAGCGCUGCACCGACGAGAACAGCCGGCGCAUCCUGACCGCGCUGUGCCAGGACUACAGGGGUGGCUGGCUCACAGGAGCCCUGUGUGAGGACCUGUGUGUGGCCGGGGAAUUGCUGUACCAGCGCUGCCUGUACUACGAACGUGGCAAGAAGGUGCUGCAGGCCCAGUGGCGAGGCCGGCCUGUGGUUCUCAAGUCCAAGAGGGAGGCUUUCUCCAGCUUCCCACCCCUCGGUCCCCUAGAGGAGGACACGCGGCCGGGUGCCCCAGGCAUCCCUGAGGCUGAGCUACUCCUGAUGGUGGCAGGAGAGGUAAAAAACACGCUAGGCCUGGAGUUGCCCAACAACAGCAUGGGACCCCUGUGGCCUGCCAGGCGGGGCCCUGGCUGGCGACAACAGCUGGCCAGUGCAUGGUCACUGCUCCAGCAGGAGGAAUAUGUGUAUUUCAGUCUGCUGCCGGAUCUGAGCCGUCAUGUCCUGCCGGUGCUGGGCUCCUGUGGCCACUUCUAUGCAGUGGAGUACUUGGCUGCAGGCAGCCCUCACCACAGGGCUCUCUUUCCCUUGGAUGAGGCUGCCUCCAGGGCUGGCCAGGCCCAGGCCAUUAGCCACAUUGCCCUCAGUUUCCUGGACAUGGUGAGCCAUUUCGACAGUGACUUCUCCCACCGCCUCCACCUCUGUGAUGUCAAGCCUGAGAACUUUGCCAUCAGGAGGGACUUCACGGUGGUGGCUAUUGAUGCGGACAUGGCCUUUUUUGAACCUAAAAUGAGGGAAAUCCUUGAGCAAAACUGCACGGGAGAUGAAGAUUGCAAUUUCUUUGACUGUUUUUCAAAAUGUGAUUUGCGAGUGAACAAGUGUGGAGCCCAGCGUGUCAACAAUAACCUGCAGGUCAUCUGUGACAAAAUAUUUCGACACUGGUUCUCCUCAACACACAGGAGCCCUGCCAUCUCCCCUCAGCUUCGACUGCAGCUACGGCAGGCAGUGCAGGAGUGUGCGGACCCAGGGGGACCCUCUGGGAAUGCCUGGAGAGCCUCCUCCAGUGUGUUCUGGAAGCUUCGCUGGCUCCUUCAGGCCAUGCUGAAGGAACUACAGGGAAUGAAACAGUAGCCACUCUCUGGCUUUAGACAUCUUGAGCAGGGGGAAGUGCCUCUCUGAGAGAUGUGCUCUGCAGUCACUAUGCAGAUGAGCCAUCUACAGUAUUGUCAUUGGUCUCUGAAGUGUGCAUUGCCCUUCAGCUGCUGUGAUGCUGGCUUCCCUCGCUCCAGCCCAGCUCCCUUUACUUGUGUUUGUUUCUGACCUCUGCCCUAUCAUCCCCUGAGAAAUGAACUGAGGGAGGAGGUUCAGAGAUUUUGACACAUGGGUUCCCAGUGUGCAGUUCUCUGCAGAGUGCGCUUCUACCUGGACAUCAGAGAAGACGGGCAGCAGCUCUUCCCUAUUAGUCAUUACUAAGCUAAAGUGUGAAUGUGGACGUACAGAUGAGGUGUUUGCAAAUGAAUGUAUGCAUGUGUGUGCAUACACAAUUAUGUGAAUGUGUUUGUGUAUAUGAGGUUGUGCUGUGUAAAACAAGCAUGUUAAUGGGUGUAUACACACAUGCUUGUGUCUGUACAUGAGUGUGAUUGUGUAUGCACUCGUGAUUAUGAGUGUUCUGUGUGUGUGUACACAUAUGUUGAGUCUGUGCACAUGGAUGAGGCAACAUGAGUCUAUAGAAGAGUAUGUGCAUGUAUGGGUAAGGAGGUGAGUGAGCAGGUGGGCAUGGGGUGGUCCGUGUGGAGGGGUGACUUUCUAAUGUGUCUCCUGGUGAAGCGUGCCCAGCUGGCACAGAAACAUCACUCUUUUCCUGGAAUUAAAUACAACAAAAAGUUGCAUCUUUAGGGAAGUGAUAUGUACUGGAGAGUAUGUGGAAUGGCAGCUUUUAGGGAUUUUUCAUUUUGUGGAAUCCACUGACUUUAUGGGUUGUGUUUUAGGGAGCAUUUUACCACAUACUGCAAUACAUUUUCCUUCUUAGCAAGGAGCCAUGGGUCUGAUGAAUGCAGUGUGUUCUGUCACCACAGAGACAAUUUAAGUAGAGCUGACCAUGGACAAGAAUGAGGAAGAGCUCCUUUGUGCUGACUGACUGAAGAUGCAGUCAUGGGCCUGCACUGUACCGCAGUGCCAUGCAUUCUUUGGUGGGAAUUGACGAAAGUCUUCUGUAAUCACAGAUCCACACAAAGCAGGCCACACUCUAUAUUGCUCCCAACAGAGAGAAGGGGGUGGAGCCAGUAAGCUUUACACUUAGAGGGAACUUCACUUCCACUCAGGUGCUAGACUCAAUGAACCAAAAAUUCUACAAAUUACGUGAAAAGGACUUGACAAAGAUGCAAUGUUUAUAAAGUUUCAGAAUGUGUGCCAGUGGCUUACAAGGAGAAAAAGACAGAUCUGAAAUUUUAAAGGUUCUCAAAUUGAGACGCUCUAUACUCUUUCUCCAAAACCUCUUUGUAAUCUAGACAGUGAAUUGUCUCCUCACACUCUUAGGAUGUGUUUCUCGGGGCUGUGUACUAGGUCUGUACCCUGCUUGCUCUGAACAGUGAUAGAUAAUUGGAGGUCCUGCCAGCCCUGGUGCUGUGCUCCUGAAGGCUGUUUGAGGGCCACAUUACUUGCCUUUCUCAUCCCUCCCCUUAUUCUAUCCCACCAUUGACUUACUAGAUAAAGCUGGAUUUCUUAAAGGGCAUCCUUCAUCCUGUGCCUGAGACUCGCUUUGUGUUUCUGGUCUUUGGUGGGAACCUGUGUGUGUCACUCUGUGGCAGAAGUAAGUGACACCCUAAGUAAAUGCCCUGGGCUUGGACAAACAGGUUCUCAUGGUUAGUAACCUGGCCUGGUCUGAGGAGCAAGGCUUCCAUUUCCUAGAACAGGGUCAGCGGCAGCUGCUUUUCUGCUGGGCAGGUUUUUGAGAGUGGAAGGGUCACACAGGAAGAUGGAUGUGAGAUGUCAGGAGAGACAGGAGGCUGGGGGGCUUCUUGGGGGCUUUGUUACUUGUGUUUUCCUGAUGGAGAACAUUGGGAGUCAAGUGAAUCUCUAGUGGGUCCACUCUGGGAUGACAGGCCUUCCUCAGUGGCUCUGAGCUCACUGGUCAGGCAGCAAAGGUAGCAUGGGAAGAGAAGAUGUCAAUUCUCAUUUCAUUCCAAAUGGAAACAAAUGGUUUCAUUUACUACAGAGACUAUACAGUAUAUAAUUACCAAACACAGAGGCAUCUCUUUCAGCUUUUGUUUGCUACCUAGUUAUUCUCUCUCUCUCCCUCUCUCUCUCUCUCUCUCUCUCUCUCUCUCUCCUGGAGGACUCCUUUUAAGGCAAUGGCUCUUAAACUGUGGUGAAAUUCAGUUUUU